AUGACAUCAGCUGCUCACCAUGGUAUACACAACGUUCAGUGCCAAAACUCCCGUAGAGCUCUGGAGCAAGCUCACCACCUGCACCUCGGCGGCAAGGUCAGGAAACGAGCGGCCGCCGACAACGAUUAUGAAUGCGAAGCCUAUGAGGAGUACCUUGUGAGGGUAAAGGAAGUCCCUUGGCGUUUGUUAGCCAUUAUCUUCGCUGGAUCGAUAAUAACUGCCUCGAUCCUUCGAUUUGUUAUUUGGGUCAGCCGGUGGGUGUUGAGACAAUAUGUGAAGCAUCUUAUGGAAGCCGACCCUGAGGAGGGAGAGGCCAUUGUGAGGGGGGUUUGUAAGUCGAUUGGGAUUGAGGUUGAUGAUAAGAAAGUAGAAGUGGUUGAUGAGGUUGACUGGCUAGGAGAAGGCAUUGAGAAGACGGAAAAAGGGGAUGUGGUUCGACACUGCUCUGAGUUAGGCCUUUACUUCCAAGAACCAAACAUCUUUUAAGAGAAAAAAUUGAGAUAGGAAUGAAGAUCCGUCGUUUCCGAUCAGUGCCCAUUGUCCCGGCUGCCUCACAUGACCAUCGCUUGGUGGCCGGAGCCGAUUUCGCUGGUAAAGUGAUUCACUCUUAUAUACUAAAAUAAGGUUUUUUCGCUCAAUCAACUUCGGACUUUGGUCUAUAAGUUGACUCCGCAACGAGGAUAAACUUGCUGAAAUACCUCCACUAAGGUGGUUGAAGCGGGUGGUUAACCCACUCAAAAAGCGUACAAGCUUUCACCAGAG